GCAGCCGCGACCAACGGAACUGACGUCACUGGCAUCACGUAAACUGUUGAGAUGAUCCAUGGUAACAGAGUCAGUGCAGCGACGCCGCUCGCACUGACACACGCACGGGAUCCGACAGAAAUGCCUCGAACCUGGAUCGCACCUGCACCGGCUCUCGCUUCUUACAGACGAGCGGCGCUCGGACGCGUGUUAGACGCGCCGUCGGCCUUUUAAACGCGACGCACCUGCCGGGAAUCCAAAACAUUUGAUGCAUUGCUUCUAUAAAUCUACUGUCAGUUCACAAGAAGCAAGGAAACCAGGGAAAUGUGUGGUUGAACUGCUUCUCAUCUCAGCGCUUUCGCUCAGUUCUUACUGACUCCAGUACGAGCAGAUGAUGUUAAUCCGGAUGAAAUAAUGACUCUUGUGGAUUAACGCCUUCAUUGUCACUCCAGUUUUUGCUUUGUCGGGAUCAUCUGCCUUUACCAUUUGCCAUUACAGUCUGUAUAUUACAGCCAUAGUAAUAUAAUAUCGUGAAGAUGGCGACUGGAGCGGGCUGGCAGCAUUACUACAACCCCGCUGGCAGCGCUUCGACGGGGAAAUAUAACAGCACCUCCACUUCUACAUCCACCAGCACGUCCUUCCCGUCCGGUUUAUCCCUCGAAUACACGCAGGACCUCCAUCUGAAGAUGAGCAAGAAGAUAGCACAGCUGACCAAGGUGAUCUAUGCCCUCAACACCAAGAACGACGAGCACGAAGCGGCCAUCCAGACCCUGAAGGAAGCCCACGAGGAGGAGGUGCAGCAGAUCCUCUCGGAAACGCGGGAGAAGAUCAUGCAGUACAAGAGCAAGAUCAGUGAUGAGAUGGACUUGAAGCGGCGCAUUCAGUCUCUGGAGGAGUCCAUGGAGCUGCACGAGCGGAUGAAGCGCCAGGCCCUGGCAGAGUUCGAGACGUACCGCCAGCGGGUGGAGGACAUGCAGCUGUGCACGGAGGCACAGCACACGCAGCGCGUGGUCACCAUGUCCCGAGAGGUGGAGGAAAUGCGACGCUCUUUCGAGGAGAAGCUCCGCUCCUUUGGACAGUUGCAGGCCCAGUUUGAGCAGGAGAAACAGCAGGCUCUUGAGGAGCUACGUGCUGGACAUCGGCAGGAGGUUCAAGAUUUGCUUCGUUCACACCAAAGCCAGAAUGCCAACUACAGCAAAGACCAGGAGAAACUGGGACAGCUUCAUAAAGCAGAGGUGGAUUCACUGACUGAAAGGGUCGAGGAACUGAAACAGGACAAGAAGCGUCUGGUGGAGGAGUACGAGGCCAAGCUAAAUAAAGCCCAGGCCUUCUACGAACGGGAACUGGAGGCCAUGAAGCGCACGCAGCAGAUGACCGCAGAGAACCUGCUGGCCUGGAAGAAGACCGAAGCAGAGCUGAGGAAGGAGUUCCAGAUGCAGGAAGCGGCGCUGCAGAAGACUCUGGGGAAGCUGCGCAGCGAACUGCAGCGGGUGCAGGAGGAGGCCAGGGAGAGCAGGGAGAAAUCCCACAAAAUGCAGGCCUCUCUCAUUGCUGCGGAGAACAACAUCAAGGUUCAAGAUUUGCUUCGUUCACACCAAAGCCAGAAUGCCAACUACAGCAAAGACCAGGAGAAACUGGGACAGCUUCAUAAAGCAGAGGUGGAUUCACUGACUGAAAGGGUCGAGGAACUGAAACAGGACAAGAAGCGUCUGGUGGAGGAGUACGAGGCCAAGCUAAAUAAAGCCCAGGCCUUCUACGAACGGGAACUGGAGGCCAUGAAGCGCACGCAGCAGAUGACCGCAGAGAACCUGCUGGCCUGGAAGAAGACCGAAGCAGAGCUGAGGAAGGAGUUCCAGAUGCAGGAAGCGGCGCUGCAGAAGACUCUGGGGAAGCUGCGCAGCGAACUGCAGCGGGUGCAGGAGGAGGCCAGGGAGAGCAGGGAGAAAUCCCACAAAAUGCAGGCCUCUCUCAUUGCUGCGGAGAACAACAUCAAGGAGCUGCAUAAACAGUUGGAGGAGGUGACUAAGGACACGGAGAUCGUGGAAAUCAGGCAGAGGGAGGCGGAGUGUGAGCUGGAGGCAUCCAGAGACAGAGUGCAACAGCAGGCCACAGAGAUCCUGCUCAAAGCUAGUCAGAUCGGAAGCCUGCAGGCCACCCAGAUGACUCACGAGGCGGUCAUUCGGGAUCUGGAAUCGGAAAAGUCUCGUCUGAAGGACAAGGUGUUGCGUCUGGAGGAGGAAAGAGGGGCGCUGCAGAAGAAAAGUCAGAUGCUGGACGAGAGGCAGAGACAGCAGAUCCUCUCCCUGGAGAAGUCACUUCGAGAAGAAAAGCAGAUCUAUGAGAAGGAGCUCAUGAACUUGCGUGCCAAAUAUGAAGAGGACACUGCUCACUUUAAGGAUGCCCACAGCUGGGCGUUGGACGAGAUCUCCAGGAAGCACCGGGCAGCUCUGGAGAACACACAGAGCUUCUCCGAGAAAGAGAAGAACCGACUCCUGUCCGAAAUGGAGGAACAGUUCGAGAAGGAACGUAGCUCUCUAGAGGAACAGAAGAGCCUUUUACGAGAGGAACUGGACAGUCUUCGAGAGGAGCUCAGAGCCAAACUCAACAUGGCCAACAGUGAGGUGAGUCGACUCCAGGAGCUGAUGAAGCAGGGAGAGCAGGGACUCAGUUCUGCUGAGGGACACAUCUCCAAUCUGAAGGACGCCCAGAAGAAGCUUCUAGAAGAGCUGGAUGCCACGCGAGCCAGACUCAGAGAGACCAGCAAUCUCUUAACAGCCCUUCAGGGAGAGAUGGAGACUCAGAAACAACGGCACGAUGCCAAACUCAUCACUACCAAAGAGGAAGAGAAGCUCAAAAUGGAUAAGAUGGCCCUGGAGCUCGAGCUGAAGUGGACUGAGACACUCAGGCAAGAGUGUAAGAAACUGCGUGAGGAGCUGCGUGAAGAGCAUGAGGAGAAUAAAAGGUCAGCACUCACUCAGCUGGCACAGAAUAAAGAUCAGGAGAUGUGCUCCGCCAGAGAGAGCUGGCAGAGGAAGGUGGAGGACCUUCUGGAGCAGGUGAAUCGACUCCAGGAGCUGAUGAAGCAGGGAGAGCAGGGACUCAGUUCUGCUGAGGGACACAUCUCCAAUCUGAAGGACGCCCAGAAGAAGCUUCUAGAAGAGCUGGAUGCCACGCGAGCCAGACUCAGAGAGACCAGCAAUCUCUUAACAGCCCUUCAGGGAGAGAUGGAGACUCAGAAACAACGGCACGAUGCCAAACUCAUCACUACCAAAGAGGAAGAGAAGCUCAAAAUGGAUAAGAUGGCCCUGGAGCUCGAGCUGAAGUGGACUGAGACACUCAGGCAAGAGUGUAAGAAACUGCGUGAGGAGCUGCGUGAAGAGCAUGAGGAGAAUAAAAGGUCAGCACUCACUCAGCUGGCACAGAAUAAAGAUCAGGAGAUGUGCUCCGCCAGAGAGAGCUGGCAGAGGAAGGUGGAGGACCUUCUGGAGCAGAUUUCCUUGCUGAAACAGAGCCUGGAGAUGCAGCUUUCCCAAUCCCAGCAUUCCCUGCAGCAGCUGCAGGCACAGUUCAGUCAGGAGCGAGAGCACCUGGGACAGCAGCUGCAGGAAAUGGAGCUGGAGCAUCAGCGCAGGGAGCAGCGGCUGCAGGAAGCCCACUACUGCUCUAUGCAGGACAUGCAGGAAGCCCGCCAGCACGACCUCAAGGAGCUUGAGGAACGGCUACGGCAGCAGCACCACAUGGAGCUUCAGACUCUGCGGGAGGCUCACAGGCAGAACAUCGAGACUCUGAAACAGCAGUCAGAGCAAGAGCUGCAGACCCUCCGCUUCGAACUGGAGGAUGAGGGCAAGGCCAUGCUGGCAUCCCUGCGUUCCGAGCUGAACCAUCUUCACGCAUCAGCCAUUGAACAUAUGCGUCAAACCCAUCAACAGGAAACAGUGGCUGCCAAACAGGAACUGGAGAACGCUCUGGAAAAGAGCAGAGUAAAGGAACACGAGCUUCUGAGUCGCAUCUCAGAUCUGCAGGAGGAGGUCAGUCGCAGGAAGAAGCACAUUGCCAAUCUGGACCACGAGAUUCACACCCUGAACGAGAACAUCAGCACUUUGACCAAGGAGCUGGAACUCAAGGGCAAAGAGGUUUUGAAGAUCCGUAGCGAGGCCAAUCAGCAGAUCAGGAAGAGCCUUCGCAUCACACAAUCCACGCUCUUACGUAACACAUGGCAUUCUCAAGAACGUGAGCUUCUGAGUCGCAUCUCAGAUCUGCAGGAGGAGGUCAGUCGCAGGAAGAAGCACAUUGCCGAUCUGGACCAUGAGAUUCACACCCUGAACGAGAACAUCAGCACUUUGACCAAGGAGCUGGAACUCAAGGGCAAAGAGGUUUUGAAGAUCCGUAGCGAGGCCAAUCAGCAGAUCAGAGCUCAUGAGCAGGACCUGUGUAAGAAACACGAGCGGGAGAUGGCCGAGCUGAACGCUCUCCACCACAGAGAAACACAGAACAUGCUGUCAGACUUCAACAAGGCCCAGGAACUGCUGAAGGACAAGAUCUCCGCCCUGCAGAUCCUGUUGGAGGGAACAGAAGAAAAAUUCCGGAACAGAGAGAGCAGGCCUGAAGAUCUGCAGACAAUAGCCGAACUGAAGGAUAUGGUGACCGAGAGAGAAUCUUUAGUCAAGAAACUGGUGGAUGACAAAAAGUUUUACCAGCUGGAGCUUGUCAACAGAGAGACCAACUUCAACAAAAUAUUCAACACAAACCCAAAUGUUGGUGUCAUUAACCCUCUUGUUAAGCAAAAGCGAAAGAACGACAAAUCAGCCACCCGAUUCAGCAGCUCGGCCAAUCUUAGGGCCAAUGUGGAGGCUUCCGGGACAGGGAGCGGCCAGCCCCAGCCCAACCGCCUCGAGCCCAUCCCCAACUCCCCCAUUCACCAGCUGGAGCCUAACACGAGCAAACCCCUGCCCCCACCAACCCCUCUCACCGAACCCAAGAAAUUGACGAGCCCUCCUGAAGGAGAAGAAUCACCCGUCACCUCUCCAGACCCCCAGAGACAAGAAUGGUUCGCUCAGUACUUCUCCUUCUGACUUUUGCAAUUAAAGAGCAUGUCGACCAAAUCAAACAAAAAAAGACAAAAAAAUUAUAUAUUAUUUAACAAAACAUCCUUUCAUUUGUUUUUUUUUUGUUGCCAAGAAUGGGUUUCUUGUUUAUACAGUGAUGAUAGGUAUGUUUGACAUUUCAUUUACCGCAGUUUCUAUAGAGUGGUGCAUAUGCUGCUAAUUACUAUUUGUUAAAAGCGAAAAAACAACAACAACAGUAUUGUCUCCUCUGUAUCUAAUUUUAGAAUGCCACCGUAAUGACUUUGUUACAGCUGCAUUAUCAAUUUUGGUAGGAUUAAACUGUUUGUAUGGAUGUCUCAACACAGAUAUAAUGAUGUCUCACUAAUUUUAAAAUAAAUGCAUAUUUUAUAUUUAUAUUACUGGUGUAUGCGUAAGAAUAAAUAAUUAUUGUGACAUUUAAUGAAGUGUGUCUGUUAUGUGAGUGAACUUUUACCAUUCAAGGAACCAAAAGCAAAGAACAUAUGAUUUAAAAUGCCUGUAUUUUCAUAAACAUCAACACAUAUUGCUCUG